AGGACGGACGGAGCCGCCGCCGCCUCACCCUCCUCACCUUCCUCCUCCUCCUCCUCCUCUUCCUCCUGCCCCUGCCUCAGGAAGAUGCCGCGCUCCGGGCCGCUCCCCGCCGCCUUCUCGCUGCUGCUGGCGACGGCCGCGCUGCUGCCGGGACCCGCCGCGGCGCAGAACGAGCCCAGGAUCAACGCCAGCGAGGACGUGGUGCUGCACGUGGCCGGCGUGGCCGUCACGCUGCAGUGCAACCUCACCAGCAGCCCCAGCCCCCUGGCCGCCAGCUACUGGGUGAAGAACGGCGAGGAGAUCCCGGGCACCAGGAAGCUCUCCAACACCACCGAGUACAGGAUCCUGAAGGCCCGAGCAGAGGAGUCGGGGGAGUACCUGUGUGUGUUCGUGUUCUCCGGCUCUCCCGUCGCCAACGCCACCAUCGAAGUGAGAGCCACUCCUGACAUCACUGGGCACAAGAGGAGUGAGAACAAAAACGAGGGGCAGGAGGCCCUGAUGUACUGCAAGUCUGUGGGCUUCCCCCACCCCGAGUGGGUCUGGCGCAAGAAGGUCAAUGGGGUGUUUGAGGACAUCAACAACUCCUCGGGCAGGUUCUUCAUUUCCAACAAAGAGAACUACACCGAGCUGAGCAUCACAAACCUGCAGAUCAGCGAGGACCCCGGCGAGUACCAGUGCAACGCCACCAACCAGGUGGGCUCCGUGUCGGUCACCACCAUCCUGCGCGUGCGCAGCCACCUGGCCCCGCUGUGGCCCUUCCUGGGCAUCCUGGCUGAGAUCGUGAUCCUGGUGGUCAUCAUCGUCAUCUACGAGAAGCGGAAGCGGCCGGACGAAGUUCCCGACGAUGAUGAACCAGCUGGGCCAAUGAAAACUAAUUCUACAAACAAUCACAAAGACAAAAACUUACGUCAGAGAAACACAAAUUAAAAAUGCUCAUCAUAGCUUUAAGUUUCUGAGAGACUGAUGGCAAUAUGACCUGC